AAAGGUGUGGACGUGAUAUUUUUUCGUCGGUUCAAUAGCAACGCGAAAUAUUUUUCAUUCAAUUCAAUUCCAAUAAAAUUUUUUCGUUCGUCGUCGUACCCAUAUACCGCAUCGCUGCGAUUAUAAUUAAUUCUAAUUUUAAUGUUUUUCAAAGUAUCGAAGCUGCUUCUUGAGAAAAUUCAACUAAAUUUCGGAAAAUAAACAAAUUAUUAACAAUUUGUUUCGCCGUGCUGUGCUUUUCUCGCUUGGCAAGGACAUUUUUGCGAUCUACAUAAUUUUUUUUUCCUUCCGUAUCCGUUCCGACAUCAAAAUCCUCCCAAGUGAAAAAAUAAUUAAGUGCGAAAAUUACAAAUUAAAUGUGAUAAAAAGACGAUGAUUUGACGUGAAAACUAAGAAAAAUUAUUAACGAAAAAAGAAGCACUCGGACUUUUUCGUGUUUUUUUCAAGUAUAAACCCUCUGUAUUUGUUCCCUGUGUGCUGUGUGUUUGCUUGCUUACUGCUCGCAUCGCAUCGCAAGUCGCAAUCAGCAGCAGCAGCCCGCAGCUCUAGCAGCAGUAGCAGCUUUAGCUGGUGUUGUUUUGUAGUUGUGUUUGUAUAGUGUGGUGGUGGCGGAUAAAAUACAAGAAAAACAAAAAAAAGUGAUUUGGGCUCUGGGUCUGGUGCGAGAACGACGAAGACCGAAGACGUGAGGUAUUUUUCAGUGACCCGUGAGUGAUUGGGUUUAGAAAAUCGCCCAUAAAAGCAGGAAAACAGAAACAAAAACAAAUUUUUGUGUUGAUUUUGCUUGUACUUGAAAGUGUAAAGAGGCGAUGUCCGAAUCGGGGUCGCCAGCAAGAAGUCACCAAAGCCGCCGUCAAUUGCGCGAAAGAAAACAGAGGAAACUAUACCUAGAAGAAUGGACAUUGGGUGAUGAUGAGGGGGUUCGAGGAUUCAGCGUUGCUGAAAAAUUGGAAUCUCCAAAGUUUGCUCAAGCUGGCAUGGUACGGGAAAUGAGGGGUGCUGAUUUGACUGUUGGUUUUCUCCAGCAAUAUGGCUUCAAUAUUCCACUUUUAUUUCGAGAUAAAGCAGGCCUGGGUAUUCGUAUGCCAUCGCCUCAAGAAUUCGAGGUAAACGAUGUUCGUUUGUGCGUGGGUUCUCGUCGCAUGCUGGAUGUCAUGGAUGUAAACACACAAAAAAAUCACAAUAUGACCAUGAAGGAAUGGGAGCAUUAUUACGAAAGCACAGAAAAACAUCGGCUUCUGAAUGUUAUCUCCUUAGAGUUCUCUCACACUCGAUUAGAUGCAUUUAUUCAAAGUCCUGAUAUUGUACGAUUAAUAGACUGGGUCGAUGUAGUUUGGCCGAAACAGCUUAAAGAUGCACAAACUGAGGGUACGAAUGUGCUUGGUGACAUGAUGUAUCCGAAGGUACAAAAGUAUUGUUUAAUGUCGGUAAAGAACUGCUACACAGACUUUCACAUAGAUUUUGGUGGAACGUCAGUGUGGUAUCACAUAUUAAAAGGUAGUAAGGUGUUUUGGCUCAUACCGCCAACUGAAAAGAAUCUCCAACUCUACGAAAAGUGGGUUUUAUCCGGGAAGCAGUCGGAUAUCUUCUUUGGUGAUACAGUUGAGAAAUGCGCCCGGGUCUAUCUUACAGCUGGAAACACCUUUUUUAUUCCAACUGGGUGGAUUCAUGCAGUUUAUACUCCAACCGAUUCGCUUGUAUUUGGAGGAAAUUUUCUACAUUCCUUUGGCAUAGUGAAGCAGCUAAAGACUGCUCAAGUCGAAGAUGCAACAAAAGUGCCACAGAAGUUUCGCUAUCCCUAUUUCACAGAAAUGCUGUGGUAUGUUUUGGCGCGCUAUGUUUUUGCUCUGCUCGGCCGUUCUCAUUUAGAAGGUGAACCAUCUAUCCCUGAGGCAGAAAUUGAAAAUCGACCACAUGUUCAUUUGACUCACUACGAACUGUUUGGCUUAAAAGAGAUCGUAAUGUAUCUUUAUGAUCUACCACCGCAAAAGAAAAAUGUUCCAGAAUUGGUACGUGAUCCAGUGGCAUUAAUUAAAGAUGUUCGAACUCUGGUUGAGCGCCAUUGCAAAGAUAAGCCAGAUAUGGCAAUAACUGGAGAACCUGUGCUUAAACCUCAACCUAACAUGCAGCCAGAGUUUCAAAUUUAUGACCGUAUGAGGGUGAAAGAACAAAUAAAAGUUGAAAUUGCCCGAAAAAAUGAAGAGUUAUUGCAAGAACAUACUCAACUGACAGAGUCUUCCUGUUCGGUUGCUACGGCUGAAGAAGAAAAACCGCUUGAAGAUUCUGUCAAAGAUGAGCCCUUCUCAAAUGGUCAUUUCGAUAUAUUGGCUGUUUCGAGUUGCGGUAGCAGUUCUGCAAGUGGAAGCACGCCAUCAAUUGAAGAUAUGAAUUUUAUUUCUCCUUCAGUUACAAAAACUAAACCCCCAAAAAAGAUGAUAACUGCUGCAGUUGCUGCAGCUGCCGCUGCCGCAGCAGCGUCUGCAUCAGCUUCAGCAACAAGCGUAAGUUGUGGCAAUGCAUUGCCAUCUGAUUUGCCAUAUACAACAACCAGUGCGACAGUCACCAGUGCUGGUUUAUCAAUGAAUCAAAACAGUGUGAUAGUCAGUGCCUCAUCGUCCAAUCAAAUUAAUUCUGUCGAUUCCAAAACAAAUCAAAAUCAGCCUAGACGUCGUCGUACUCGCUGCAAAAUCUGUGCGGCAUGCCAGCGUUCUGACUGUGGAGAGUGCAGCUUCUGCUUAGAUAUGGUAAAGUUUGGUGGUCCAGGACGAGCAAAACAAACUUGUAUGAUGCGGCAGUGUCUUUCGCCAAUGUUACCAGUGACGGCACAGUGUAUUUAUUGUCAUUUAGAUGGUUGGCGUCAAACUCCUGUUUCUCCACAAGCCAAACUGCAAGCUGCUUUAGAAGGGCCGUCGGCACUGAUGGAAUGUUCAGUGUGCUAUGAGAUUGCCCAUCCGGAUUGUGCUGCACUGGCGAAUGGAAUGACAGAAGACGUCAAAGGGAUUAUAAAUGAAGAUCUGCCUAACAGUUGGGAGUGUCCGACUUGUUGUAAAUCUGGAAAAAACACCGACUAUAAGCCACGACAUUUUCGUGCUCGACAAAAGUCUUCAGAAGUUCGGAGAGUCUCCUGCAGCAGUGAUGUCAAUUCAAUUUCUGAUGGAAGACAUUUUCAUGAUAAUAAUAGCAGUGGAUCAAAUCUAGUAGCGAAUUCAAACAACAAUUCUCAACAUCACGAUUUUGUUUUCUCAAGUGAAUCUGAAAUGGAUACAACAAGCUAUAAAAAAGAUCUUAAACGUUCAUCGAUGUCCAAUAAAGAAAUUUCAAGUAUUAAAGUUGAUAAAAUCGACAGUAAUAAUCACAAUACCGAAGGGAACCACUGUCGAAAUCUUAAUCUCAGCUCAACAAAAAGAAGAAAAAGUGAUGAAACAAGUUCAAGUUGUAUUGCGUUGCAAGAUCAAAAUCACCACCUUAACUCGGAGGCAUUGGAAACAAAUUCAAGUGGCUUAACAGCAUUGUCAGCACCAAUUCCAACGACGACGACGAAUCCUACUAUAACAAGUUCAACAACAGCAUCCCAGCGUAAAAAGAACUCAAUAAGAUCGCAAUUAGCCCAACAGAUGCUUAAUUCUUCAACAAGAGUUUUAAAAAAACCCUUAUAUGCCAUCCGACCAACACCAUUUCAACAGCCUCAAACGCAAUCGCCUUCCAAUUUGGCCCUAGAUGCAACUCUCUUGAAGAUUGUUUUUCGUUAUUUACCGCCUGAGUCAUUGGUCACUUGUAGUUCAGUGUGUAAAACCUGGUCGAAUGUAUCAGUUGACCCAGAUCUAUGGAAAGUUAUGAGCUGUGCCGAGCACAAAUUAUCAGCAUCCCUUUUGAUGGCGAUUGUACGCCGCCAGCCGGAACAUCUCAUUCUCGAUUGGACGCAAAUAGCAAAACGACAAUUGGCUUGGAUAAUUGCUCGUAUGCCAGCUCUAAAAAAUUUGAGUCUGCAGAAUUGCCCUAUCCAAGCAGUUUUGGCACUGCACACUUGCCUUUGUCCUCCAUUGCAAAUCUUAGAUUUGAGCUUUGUGAGAGGGCUUAAUGAUUCGUCAAUUCGUGACAUUCUUUCACCGCCCAAAGAUUCUCGUCCCGGGCUGACCGAUUCGAAAUCCCGGUUAAGAAUUUUAAAAACGCUUAAAAUUGCAGGCACAGACAUAUCGGAUGUUGCAUUGCGUUACAUAACACAAGGACUGCCCUCUCUGAUUCAUUUGGACUUAUCAUCAUGUCAGAGAGUUACUGACGCUGGCGUAGCACAAAUUGGCACUUGUGCGAGUGCCAUAAGUACCCUUGUUGAGUUGAACUUAAGUGGAUGUCGUUUGAUAACCGAAUUGUCACUUGAUCAUCUGAGUAAAUGUGAAAAGUUGACUUGGUUGGAUGUAAGGCAUGUUCCCCAAGUUUCAACACAAGCUGUGAUCAAGUUUGCUGCCCGCUCUAAACACGAUCUCUGUGUGAAGGAUGUUAAAUUAGUGGAACGUCGGAAAUUACCACUCAAAUAUUAAAGAAUUAUCAAUUAAAGACAAUCAGGCAACCUAUAUAAUAAUUGUUUGUUUUCAAAACAAAAUCGUAUUGGUAAGUGGGCUUUUUUAGUUAAAAUAAUUAUGACGUAAAAAUGUAAUUUCUUGCCAAUAUUUGUAAAUGUAUUUUUAAAUAUUAAUAUAAGUGGAAUAGAAAUUCUUGUAUCUUCAAAAAUAACGUUACCAACUCUUAUGAUCAAAAUAAUACUACA